AUGCUAAGUAGUUGCAAUGUAGCUAAAAAGUAGUAAGUAGUUGCAAAGUUGCCAAUCACCUAAAAUGCUAAAGGUAUCUGUGAUGAGAUUUGAACUCGCAACCUUUGCGUUGCUAGACGUUUUACGUUAUACGCACACCCAUCCAUUCAUCCUACUUUCGUUUUUGCCUUAAGUAACCAUCUGUCUUAUGUAACCAUACCAAACGGAACAUUUCAUACUAAUUUGUGUGUCCCGGAUUUCCAUUUACUAUGUUACGUCUAGUUUACGAGACCAGGCUAUCGGCAGAUGCUUUGGAUUGAGACGCAGCCCAUGCAAAAAAAACAUAUCUCUAGCUUAAACUGACCGAUUUAGAUGGGGAUUUCUUUAUUACGCUAAUUAGAUUUCCACGGGGCGCGGACAUCGGCUCUAGGGGGUUAAUCCCUGUGGAUGCAUUUCCUCAAGCCUAGUACCUCUGUCAGUACAGAGGCUGUCACUCUCUCUGUGACAUCCAUCACGAAGAGACUGGUAAGAUAAAUAGUUUUAAUAUCGAACAUAGUUUUAAAAGGGCACAUGCUUUCACUGAAAGAAAGAUAAGCAAGGAUGCAUUUACCGCACCGUAGAAAAUAAAAAGGAGACACACGGUACAUAAGCCAGGAAAACAAGCACAGGUGUGUGUGUUGUCUUCACAUGGUAGAAACACAGGACAACCCUUGCUAUCUCCGUUACCUCUGCUACUACAAUCCCAGCUAACAACAAACAUUCCCACAACUUUAGAGAACGUUCCCUUAUGAGUCUCAUUAGGUCAUUAUCUACCGUUUUCAUAGGAAUGUUCCUGUGAUGUGCAAGGAAUGUUUCCAAGAGAACAUUCCCUUAAUGUCAAAUAGAACUUACCCAGAACGUUGUUACCAUGUUCUCAGAACUUAAGAUAUUAAUGUUCUAGACAUGUUAAAUGAGAACAUUGCAACAAAAAAAAACAUUGGGUUCUUGGUCUCCUCCCCCGAUUGCUCAGUUUGGCCAGGCGGCCAGCUCUAGAAAGAGUCUUGGUGGUUUCAAACUUCUUCCAUUUAAGAAUGAUGGAGGCCACUGUGUUGUUGAUGACUUUCAAUGCUGCAGAAAUGUUUUGGUACCCUUCCCCAGAUCUGUGCCUCGACACAAUCCUGUCUCGGAGCUCUACGGCCAAUUCCUUUGACCUCAUGGCUUGGUUUUUCGCUCUGACAUGCACUGUCAACUGUGGGACCUUAUAUAGACAGGUGUGUGCCUUUCCAAACCACGUCCAAUCAAUGGAAUUUACCACAGGUGGACUACAAUCAAUUUGUAGAAACAUCUCAAGGAUGAUCAUUGGAAACAGGAUGCACCUGAGCUCAAUUUCGAGUCUCAUAGCAAAGGGUCUGAAUACUUAUGUAAAUAAGGUAUUUGUGUUUUUUCUAAAAACCUGUUUUCGCUUUGUCAUUAUGGGAUAUUGUGUGGAGAUUGAUGUGGAUUAUUAAUUUGUUUAAUCCAUUGUAGAAUAAGGCUGUAACAUAACAAAAUGUGGAAAAGGUCAAGGGGUCUGAAUACUUUCCAAAUGCACUGUAAAUGUUUUUGCAAUGUUCCCAUGAAACGUGUCUAGAACAUUAAUAUCUCAAACAUUAGGGGAACAUUACGGGUAAUGUUACAAAAACGUACACUCUCCCUAGAUUUGUUAGCUGGAAUAGUGGCCAACUGGGCUUGUUUGUUUGUACAGCUGGGGUUGUGAGUACUCUGUUAAGUGUAUAAUGUGUAUAAGUAGUAUAACGUGUAUAUUAAGUGCAUAAAUAAACCUCUUACAGUGUCUUUCAUCUUCUCUCUGCAGGGCCUCCAAUGCAAAAGUAAACCCCACUGUGAGUGCAUUACAAUAUACCCGUUACAAACAAUGUUGUUAUACUCUCUGUGUGUGUGCUUGAGUGUGUUGACAAUGACACUAUGGUAAAUCUCUGAUGGUCCUCUGAUCAGAUAUAAAUUGAUGUUUGAAAUACUUUACAUUUACAAUACAAGGAUCCAGUUCCAAUGUCUGUGGUAUGGGUGGUCCGAGUGUUAAAACUUUUGCAGGUUUGUUUAUAGAAGCAUGGACCUCCCAUUCAGUACAAUAGAGUCAUAGUCCAAGUAGACGCCUCUAGCUGGAGUAAACAGAGACAGUGUGUCCACAAUAAUACAUAACAAAAGUCGGAUUAAUCAGCGUCUAAUUUAAUCAGCACCUCACCACAACUGUAUCUUCCACAAGUGAAAGAAAGAGCAUGACAGCUCAGGCAGGGAGGGAGAAAGAAAGAUGGAUGGAUAGAUCUAUUAUUAUCUGAUAAAGUAGUAGUCAGGGCCUUGACAUGACUGAGUGAAGUAUGAGUAAAGUUGCCUCCUUCCUUGUCAUUACAUUGCUGGCUAUUGGAUUUGCUGGUUGUUGUAUAUUUGUAUUCAUUUGUCCUGAAAGUCUUGCUAUUUUUUAUGUGAGAGUAAGAUUUCAAAUGUAUUUAUUACCAAAAAAAGCUUGAACUUGAAUACAUCCACUGACUUUAAUCUCCUGUUUCCCCAUACAGAUUCCUUUGUCCCGUGCAGGACCCAGCAAGCAGGCCUCAACACGCGUGUUGUCUUCAACAACAUCAGCCUGUCCACAGUGAUGAGGUGUGAGGGGAAACAGAAGUGCUCUCUUCACCUUCGAGUUCACACUGCUCUUCAGCUCAGUGGUAGGUUGGGCUCUCUACUUUGAGAUUUCAUGUUGAAAUAUUUUCUGCCUUGUGAACAACAAUGACCUACGGAAGUCCAGAGAGGACAUCACCCCAAAAUAAUUGGUCCUUCUUUAUGUCGAGAUCACAACUUAUUUAUCUCAUGAUCACCACAUAACAAAAGUUGUUUUGUCGAGAUCAUGAGAUAAUCAAAAGUACCACGCAUCAUCCAUUAAUUUGUUCAGCUGCACAAUAACCACUUCAAGGAGCCCUGUGGCUGCAUUGAUCGCAAUGCGGGGCAUUUAAGCCCUGAACAAUGCCUGAGCCUGUCACGCCCUGACUCUGGGGACUCGUAUUUGUUGAGUCAGGGUGUGUAUUUUCUGUGUGGUAUGUUCUAUGUUGUAUUUUCUAGGUUUAGAUCUAGAUCGUCUAGAUCAGGGGUGUCAAACUCAUUUUAGCUCAGGGGCCACAUGGAGGAAAAUCUAUUCCCAAGUGGGCCGGACCGGAAAAAUCAUGGUAUAUAUAUAUAACUUAAAAACAACAACUUCAGAUUGUUUUCUUUGUUUUAAUACGAUCAACAUACAACAUAAAGCUGGAGCCUGAGGACAGUGUGUCCAAAAUAGUACAAGCACAACAUCACUAUUAAUCAUAAAACACGUCAAGUUUAUUUGAAAAUUCUAAAGAAAAAGAACACACAAACACACAAUGCCUCAGUGAUUAACAGAACUGUUUCACAGAUCACAGAACUAUAUCAGGGUGUCAUUUCUCAGGCAGAAAUGUAGAUAAAAAUAAUGAAAUCCUGUUCCCCAAACAAGUGCAAGAACCACAGAGUCAAGAAUAGGUUAAAUAUACAAAUAAAAUAAAAUAAAUUAAAAACAAUAGCACAUCAACAUAAAAACAUAUAAACAUAAAGCUGGAGCCUGAGGACAGUGUCCAAAAGCACAACAUCACUAUUAAUCAUAAAACACCUCAAGUUAUUUGAAAGUUCUGAGGACAAAGAACAUACAAACACACAAUGCCUCAGUGAUUAACAUAACUGUUUCACAGAUCACAGAACUAUAUCACGGUGUCAUUUCUCAGGCAGAAAUGUAGAUAAAAAUAAUGAAAUCCUGUUCCCCAAACAAGUGCAAGAACCACAGAGUCAAGAAUAGGUUAAAUAUACAAAUAAAAUAAAAACAAUUAAAAACAAUAGCACAUCAACAUAAAAACAUAAACAUAAAGCUGGAGCCUGAGGACAGUGUCCAAAAGCACAACAUCACUAUUAAUCAUAAAACACGUCAAGUUAUUUGAAAGUUCUGAGGACAAAGAACACACAAACACACAAUGCCUCAGUGAUUCACAGAAGUAUAUCACAGAUCACAGAACUAUAUCAGGGUGUCAUUUCUCAGGCAGAAAUGUAGAUAAAAAUAAUGAAAUCCUGUUCCCCAAACAAGUGCUAGAACCACAGAGUCAAGAAUAGGUUAAAUAUACAAAUAAAAUAAAAUCAAUUAAAAACAAUAGCACAUCAACAUAAAAACAUAUAAACAUAAAUCUGAAAGCGUUGCUCAAACUCCCGUAACAGUCCCGUUAUUUUAUCUUUGAACCGCUUCAUGUCUGCCACAUGUUGGGUCGCGCACACAUUCUUCAGACAGGGGAAGUGAGCUGCAUCACCACCGGCAAGUUGCGUCUCCCACAAUGACAGCUUCAACUUGAAAGAACGUAUGCUGUCAUAAUACUGCGUGACAACUUUGUUGCGCCCUUGCAGCUGUUUGUUCAAGUUAUUCAGGUGCUCUGUAACAUCCACCAUAAAUGCAAGGUCCUGCAUCCAUUCUGCGGAAUGAAAUUCUAACACUGGUUUGCCCUUUUCUUCCAUGAACUGUUCAAUUUCUUCUCGUAAAUCAAAGAAACGCCUCAGCACCUUGGCUUAACCAUCUUACCUCAGUGUGGUAUGGCAGGCCAAAGAUGUGGUCUUUCUCUCUGAGAAGGCUGUCAAACUGACGGUGAUUCAGGCUUCUGGAUCGGAUGAAAUUAACAGUUUGGAUGACCACCUUCAUGACGUUAUCCAUCUUUAAUGACUUGCAACACAAAGCCUCCUGGUGCAAAAUACAGUGAAAAGUCAAAAAAUCACGUCCUCCAUUUGCAGAUUGCACUUUCUCUCUGAACUUUGUCACAACGCCUGCUUUUUUCCCGAUCAUUGAGGGCGCACCAUCUGUAGCCAGGCUGACAGCGCGGGACCAGUCCACUCCGACCCUGUCCAGCGCGCCGACGAGUGCGGUAAAAAUAUCAGCUGCUGUCAUUGUAUCUGUCAUCGGCACCAACUCCACGAACUCCUCGGUGACGGUCAAUGUGUCAUCAACUCCGCGGAUGAAAAUGGCCAGUUGUGCAACAUCUGUAAUGUCCGUGCUUUCAUCAAUUGCAACCGAAAACGCCAUAAAUGACUUUACUUUUUGCUUCAACUGGCUGUCCAAAUCCACUGAAAGAUCGGAAAUCCUGUCUGCAACUGUGUUUCUUGUCAGGCUGAUAUUUGCAAAAGCCUGCCGCUUUUCAGGGCACACAAUCUCCGCUGCCUUCAUCAUGCAUGUUUUUACAAAUUCACCCUCUCUAAAUGGUUUUGAAGCCACUGCGAUUUCAUUAGCAAUGAGGUAGCUAGCUUUCACUGCAGCGUCACUGAUGUCUCGGCUGUGAGUAAACACAGACUGCUGUUUCUUCAGACCCGCCAACAGUUCAUUCACCUUCUCUCAUCUCCGCUGUCCUUGAAAGUUGUCAUAUUUGUCGGCAUGAAGACUCACAUAGUGGCGACGAAGGUUAUAUUCUUUCAGCACUGUAACAUGCUCUGAACACACCAAACAUACAGCUUUCCCAUUCAAUUCCGUGAAUAAAUAGGAUGACAAUUUUUCUUGGAACACUCUGCACUCUGCGUCCACUUUUCUCUUUUUUGACAGAGACAUAUUGGGGCAAUGAGGGUGCCAAAGCACAUAAUGUUAAAAGUAGAAGCCGUAAUAAAUAUCGCGGGCAAAACAAAGUAGCUCAUUGGCUGCACGUGCUUGACCUACUUGCUCUGCCCCGGUAUAAACAGUUUGCUUGCUUAACACAAUUGCUAUUGCGCCAUUCCAGUGGACGCAAUUGGAACAGCAGUUUAUUUUAUUGAAAAAUUAUUUUUAAAAAAUUGUAUUUUUUAUUUUUUUUUAAUCAUCUCGCGGGCCGGAUUAAACCCGUUUGCGGGCCUGAUCCGGCCCGCGGGCCAGACGUUUGACACCCCUGGUCUAGAUCUAUGUUGGCCGGUGUGGUAGCCUAUUGGCACUAGUGGGUUGUGGGAUCUUGUUCCGUGUAGGUAUGUUUUGUGUUCUACCUUGGACUUCACGUUUCGUUUGUUUAUUGUUUUGUCGGUUGUUUAUUCAUUAUAAUAAUCAUGUACGCAUAUCACGCUGCGCCUUUGUCCGUCCCGUUCAUCAACGAUCGUGACAGAAGAUCCCACCAAACGAAGACCAAGCAGCGUGCCCAGGAAGAGCGAAUAGCGAUGUCACAGGUGGGCAAAUGGUGGUCAUGGGAGGAGAUAUUUGCGGGGAAAGGGCCAUGGGCGAAGGUAGAUGCCCAGGCAGGAGAGGUGAAACGGCGCCAACCGUGCCGACGACGGAGACCCGAGAGGCAACCCCAAUAAAAAAAAUUGGGGGGCACACAGGGUGGAUGGGGGGGCUAAAAGGGAGAAGGAAAGUGUAGAGGCACGGUGAGAGGAGCUGGUUAGGCAACAGAAGGAGCAGGGGUUAAUAAAGGAACCCAGUCCCGCUCCCCGCACUAAGCCAGUGGUGCGCGUCGCCAGCCCGGUCCGGCCUGUUCCUGCCCCUCGCACCAAGCCAGUGGUGCGCGUCGCCAGCCCGGCCCGGCCUGUUCCUGUCCCUCGCACCAAGCCAGUGGUGCGCGUCGCCGGCCCGGCCUGUUCCUGCCCCUCGCACCAAGCCAGUGGUGCGCGUCGCCAGCCCGGCCCGGCCUGUUCCUGCCCCUCGCACCAAGCCAGUGGUGCGCGUCGCCAGCCCGGCCCGGCCUGUUCCUGCCCCUCGCACCAAGCCAGUGGUGCGCGUCGCCAGCCCGGCCCGGCCUGUUCCUGCCCCUCGCACCAAGCCAGUGGUGCGCGUCGCCAGCCCGGCCCGGCCUGUUCCUGCCCCUCGCACCAAGCCAGUGGUGCGCGUCGCCAGCCCGGCCCGGCCUGUUCCUGCCCCUCGCACCAAGGCAGUGGUGCGCGUCGCCAGCCCGGCCCGGCCUGUUCCUGCCCCUCGCACCAAGCCAGUGGUGCGCGUCGCCAGCCCGGUCAGGCCUGUUCCUGCCCCUCGCACCAAGCCAGUGGUGCGCGUCGCCAGCCCGGCCCUACCUGUUCCUGCCCCUCGCACCAAGCCAGUGGUGCGCGUCGCCAGCCCGGCCCGGCCUGUUCCUGCCCCUCGCACCAAGCCAGUGGUGCGUGUGUCCAGUCCGGCACGGCCCGUGCCUGUUCCACCGGUGUCCAGUUCAGCUCCGGUCAGCUGCUCCACUCUGGAGCCAGAGCAAUCUGCUUCACUGGGGUCCAGUCCAGCUCCGGUCAGCGGCUCCACUCCGGAGCCAGAGCAGUCCGCUCCACCGGUGCCUGAUCCAGCUCCGGUCAGCUGCUCCUCCACUCCGGAGCCAGAGCAGUCCGCUCCACCGGGGUCUAGUCCAGAUCCGGUCAGCGGCUCCACUCCGGAGCCAGAGCAGUCCGCUCCACCUGUCCACUUUGGAAGUAUGCCUGGGGUCAUUGUCAAUUUGGAAGACCCAUUUGUGACCAAGCUUUAACUUCCUGACUGAUGUCUUGAGAUGUUGCUUCAAUAUAUCCAAAUAAUUUUCCUACCUCAUGAUGCCAUCUAUUUUGUGAAGUGCACCAGUCCCUCCUGCAGCAAAGCACCCCCACAGCAUGAUGCUGACACCCCCAUGCUUCACGGUUGGGAUGGUGUUAUUCUGCUUGCAAGCUGACCCCCUUUUCCUCCAAACAUAACGAUGGUCAUUAUUGCCAAACAGUUCUAUUUUUGUUUCAUCAGACCAGAGGACAUUUCUCCAAAAAGUAUGAUCUUUGUCCCCAUGUGCAGUUGCAAAACCUUUUUUAUGGCGGUUUUGGAGCAGUGGCUUCUUCCUUGCUGAGCGGCCUUUCAGGUUAUGUCGAUAUACAGUGAGGGAAAAAAGUAUUUGAUCCCCUGCUGAUUUUGUACGUUUGCCCACUGACAAAGAAAUGAUCAGUAAUCCUUCUACCCCCCCCCCCCCCCCCCCCCCCCAAAAAAAAAAUAAUAAUAAUAAUGUAAAGUGGUUAUUCCACUGGCUAUAGGGUGAAUGCACAUAUUUGUAAGUCGCUCUGGAUAAGAGCGUCUGAUAAAUGACGUAAAUGUAAAAAAUGUAAAUGUAAAUAAUUUUAAUGGUAGGUUUAUUUGAAAGGUGAAAGACAGAAUAACAACAACAAAAAAUCCAGAAAAACGCAUGUAAAAAAUGUUAUAAAUUGAUUUGCAUUUUAAAGAGGGAAAUAAGUAUUUGACCCCCUCUCAAUCAGAAAGAUUUCUGGCUCCCAGGUGUCUUUUAUACAGGUAACGAGCUGAGAUUAGGAGCACACUCUUAAAGGGAGUGCUCCUAAUCUCAGUUUGUUACCUGUAUAAAAGACACCUGUCCACAGAAGCAAUCAAUCAAUCAGAUUCCAAACUCUCCACCAUGGCCAAGACCAAAGAGCUCUCCAAGAAUGUCAGGGACAAGAUUGUAGACCUACACAAGGUUGGAAUGGGCUACAAGACCAUCGAAAAGCAGCUUGGUGAGAAGGUGACAACAGUUGGUGCGAUUAUUCGCAAAUGGAAGAAACACAAAAGAACUGUCAAUCUCCCUCGGCCUGGGGCUCCAUGCAAGAUCUCACCUCAUGGAGUUGCAAUGAUCAUGAGAACGGUGAGGAUUCAGCCCAGAACUACACGGGAGGAUCUUGUCAAUGAUCUCAAGGCAGCUGGGACCAUAGUCACCAAGAAAACAAUUGGUCACACACUACUCCGUGAAGGACUGAAAUCCUGCAGCGCCCGCAAGGUCCCCCUGCUUAAGAAAGUACAUAUACAGGCCUGUCUGAAGUUUGCCAAUGAACAUCUGAAUGAUUCAGAGGAGAACUGGGUGAAAGUGUUGUGGUCAGAUGAGACCAAAAUGGAGCUCUUUGGCAUCAACUCAACUCGUCAUGUUUGGAGGAGGAGGAAAGAACCCCAAGAACACCAUCCCCACCAUCAAACAUGGAGGUGGAAACAUUAUGCUUUGGGGGUGUUUUUCUGCUAAGGGGAAAGGACAACUUUACCGCAUCAAAGGGAUGAUGGACGGGACCAUGUACCAUAAAAUCUUGGGUGAGAACCUCCUUCCCUCAGCCAGGGCAUUGAAAAUGGGUCGUGGAUGGGUAUUCCAGCAUGACAAUGACCCAAAACACACGGCCAAGGCAACAAAGGAGUGGCUCAAGAAGAAGCACAUUAAGGUCCGGAGUGGCCUAGCCAGUCUCCAGACCUUAAUCCCAUAGAAAAUCUGUGGAGGGAGCUGAAGGUUAGAGUUGCCAAACGUCAGGCUCAAAAUCGUAAUGACUUGGAGAAGAUCUGCAAAGAGAAGUGGAACAGGAUCCCUCCUGAGAUGUGUGCAAACCUGGUGGCCAACUACAAGAAACGUCUGACCUCUGUGAUUACCAACAAGGGUUUUGCCCCCAAGUACUAAGUCAUGGUUUGCAGAGGGGUCAAAUACUUAUUUCCCUCAUUAAAAUGCAAAUAAUAAUAAUAAUAAUAAUAAUAAUAAUAAUAAUAAUAAUAUGCCAUUUAGCAGACGCUUUUAUCCAAAGCGACUUACAGUCGUGCGUGCAUACAUUUUUUUUUUGUGUAUGGGUGGUCCCGGGGAUCGAACCCACUACCUUGGCGUUACAAGCGCCGUGCUCUACCAGCUGAGCUACAGAGGACCACAAAUCAAUUUAUAACAUUUUUGACAUGCGUUUUUCAGGAUUUUGUUGUUGUUAUUCUGUCUCUCACUGUUCAAAUAAACCUACCAUUACAAUUAUAGACUGAUCAUGUCUUUGUCAGUGGGCAAACGUACAAAAUCAGCAGGGGAUCAAAUACUUUUUUCCCUCACUGUAGGACUCAUUUUACUGUGGAUAUAUAUAAUUUUGUACCUGUUUCCUCCAGCAUCUUCACAAUGUCCUUUGCUGUUGUUCUGGGAUUGAUUUGCACUUUUCGCACCAUAGUACGUUCAUCUCUAGGAUACAGAACGCGUCUCCUUCCUGAGCGGUAUGACGGCUGCGUGAUCCCAUGGUGUUUAUACUUGCAUACUAUUGUUUGUACCGAUGAACGUGGUACCUUCAGGUGUUUGGAAAUUGCUCCCAAGGAUGAACCAGACUUGUGGAGGUCUAUACUAUUUUUUCUGAGGUCUUGGCUGAUUUAUUUUGAUUUUCCCAUGAUGUCAAGCAAAGAGGCACUGAGUUUGAAGGUAGGCCUUGAAAUACAUCCACAGGUACACCUCAAAAUGACUCAAAUGAUGUCAAUUAGCCUAUCAGAAGCUUCUAAAGCCAUUACAUCAUUUUCUGGAAUUUCCAAGCUGUUUAAAGGCACAGUCAACUUAGUGUAUGUAAACUUCUGACCCACUGGAAUUGUGAUACAGUGAAUUAUAAGUGAAAUAAUCUGUCUGUAAACAAUUGUUGGAAAAAUGACUUGUGUCAUUGUCACGUUCGUUGAAUGACGGGUCAGACCAAGGCGCAGCGUGAUAUGCAUACAUGUUUAUUGAACUUAAUAAACACACGACAAAACAACAAAGGAAACAAAAAAGUGAAGUCCAAGGUAGCACACACAACAUACCUUAACCGGAACAAGAUCCCACAACUAGACUGUGCCAAUAGGCUGCUUAAGUAUGGUCCCCAAUCAGUGACAACGAGCGACAGCUGCCUCUAAUUGGGAACCACACCGGCCAACAUAGAUCCACACAUGCUAGAACGACAACAUAGACAAAGCACAACAAGGAAAUAUACACACCCUGACUCAACAUAUAAGAGUCCCCUGAGUCAGGGCGUGACUCCAAAGGUGCGGACUCCGACCGCACAACAUAAACAUAACAGGGUAGGGGCCGGGUGGGCAUUCCGCCUCGGAGGCGGAUCCGGCUCGGGGCGUGACGACCUCUCACUCUCCGCCUCCCUGUUGCGCCCCUGGUCUGGUCAGGACCUCGGCGCGCUGCUUCCCCUCUCCUUCCUCCCACGAUACGCCAGGCCCUGUCUGGACCCUGGUGUGGGAGACCCCGAACUUGGAGAGGGGCUGACGUCAUGGUCUGGACUGGAGCCGCUGACCGGAGCUGGACUGGGCACCGGUGGAGCGGACUGCCUUGGCUCCGGAGUGGAGCCGCUGACCGGAGCUGGACUGGACCCCGGUGGAGCGGACUGCUCUGGCUCCGGAGUGGCACCGGUGGAACGGGCACGGGUCGUGCCGGACUGGACAAAUGCACCACUGGUCUGGUGCAAGGAGCAGGCACGGGCCGGACCGGACUAGGAACGCGCAUCACUGGCUUGGUGCGAGGGACAGGAACGGGCCGGGCCGGACUGGCGACGCGCACCACUGGCUUGGUGCGAGGAGCAGGAACAGGCCGGGCCGGACUGGUGACGCGCACCACUGGCUUGGUGCGAGGAGCAGGAACAGGCCGGGCCGGGCUGGCGACACGCACCACUGGUUUGGUGCUAGGAGCAGGAACAGGCCGGGCCGGGCUGGCGACGCGCACCACUGACUUGGUGCGGGGAGCAGGAACGGGCUGGCCUGGACUGGCGACACGCACCACUUGCUUGGUGCGAGGAGCAGGACUGGGUUCCUUUAUUAACCCCCGCUCCUUCUGCUGCCUAACCAGCUCCUCUCGCCGUGGCUCUACUCUUUCCUUCUCCCUUGUAGCCUCCUGUAGCGCCUCCCUCUGACCAAAUAACUCCUGCUCCCUCUGAACCAAUAGCCCCCGUAACAUGGUGGCCUCCUCUCCUAAUCUGCAGAUCCGCCCUUUAACAGCCUCCUGCUGCCUCGUCGUCCACACCGUGUGACCCUCCCAAAAAAUGUCUUGGGGUUGCCUCUCGGGUCUCCGUCGUCGGCACUGUUGGCACCGUUUCUCCUCUCCUACCUGGGCAUCCUCCUUCAUCGCCCUCCGAUAACGGACGGCCUCCUCCUCCGUAAUUCUCCCCCAACCGAGGAGGACAUCUACUAACGUAACCUCCUGUUGAGUCCCAGGCGUUUGCUCCUUCUCGGCACGCUGCAUGGUCCUUGUUUGGUGGGAUCUUCUGUCACGUUCGUUGAAUGACGGGUCAGACCACGGCGCAGCGUGAUAUGCGUAUAUGUUUAUUGAACUUAAUAAACACAUGACAAAACAACAAAGGAAACGAAAUGUGAAGUCCAAGGUAGCACACACAACAUACCUUAACCGGAACAAGAUCCCACAACUAGACUGUGCCAAUAGGCUGCUUAAGUAUGUUCCCCAAUCAGAGACAACGAGCGACAGCUGCCUCUGAUUGGGAACCACACCGGCCAACAUAGAUCCACACAUGCUAGAACGACAACAUAGACAAAGCACAACAAGGAAAUAUACACACCCUGACUCAACAUAUAAGAGUCCCCUGAGUCAGGGCGUGACAGUCAUGCACAAAGUAGAUGUCCUAACCGACUUGCCAAAACUAUAGUUUGUUAACAAGAAAUUUGUGUGGUUGAAAAACAAGUUUUAAUGACUCCAACCUAAGUGUAUGUAAACUUCCGACUUCAACUGUAUAUAUAACACUGGGAUUUAACAAGCACAAUACACAGUACUCACGAGACCAAUGAACAUGGGAAAAUAAUUGACAAGGACAAUGGGGAACAGAGGGCACAUAUAUACACAUACUAAUCAGGGGGAAUGGGAACCAGUUGUGCGUAAUGAACCAGGUCAGUGACGCCUAGAAGGGCGGUGAGGUAGACUUCCGGAGCUGGUGAACGGAAUGAGCAGCAGUACCAGGGGAUCCGUGACACGUUUGUUGGUGUCAAGUAGUGACCCAAUCAAUUCUUUAAAAUCCAUCUUCAGCUGUUCUGAGCUGCCCUUCAUAAUGUCAUUGAAUCCCAUAUGAACUAUGAUAUACUGAAUUUCCUGAUGCUGGUUUAAAAUGUUUGGGAGCACCAUAUUGAUGUCCUGUUCUCGUGCUCCUGGAUAGCACAACGUUUUUGUUCCAGGGAUUGAGACAUUUCUCACCAUUGAACUGCCCAAUCCAAUGGCCGGAGAAGGGAAUGGUGAAAUCCGCCCAUUUCCACCCCUCACACAUUUCAUUGAGUCUUUCACGGGCCCACGAGAAGCAGGAUAGCGUAUCCCGAACUCGACAAUGACGCCGCUGCUGGAGUCAGCAUAAUUGGAGUCAGCACCGUCAUUGCAGACACAGGCAAUCUCAGCGAUGAAGGCGCAGGUAGAUCAGAAACCAGUACAGCGAAACUAUUCCUUAUGUCAAUGUGCUCCGAACCUCUCGCAGACACCCCCAUCCACUUAGCAGCAUGCCACUACCUUCGGUUUCCACGACUUGCGACAUGGGACCAGCGCUGAUUGGAACAUUCUACUUGCUGUUCCCAGUCUACUUCACUACAGGAUGGAGGAGGAGAAGCAGAUGGAGACGAUAUCCUUGGCAGGCAAGUUCCAGGUAGCACAGGCCAUUCGGAUAGGGACAGAUGACAAGGCAGGGAAACAUCCAUCAGGCCCGAGCGACGUCCAGCCGUAGGAGUUGAGAACGAGAAAGUUCCAAUAUGUGUUUUCCCCAUAAGCUCGUGCAGAAUUGAGAUGUGUUUGCUAAGCAUAGUCACCUCAUUCCUGUAAUCCUCAGCUAGCAAACAAUUGCCGCAUUGGAACUCCAGAUUGUCAAUAUUGUCCUUGACAAGAUUAUAAUAAACACAGCUUCUACAGCGUGGAAAUGUUCGUUAGCUCUUCAAGGCGAAGCGGACUCCAUUGCAACCUAGCUAGUUGGUAGCAGGUGUUGACACAGGUAUCCGAGUUCUUGAGUUACGAAGUUUUCGGCGCUGAGUCGGUGUCUCUCAACAACAGCAUGUUUCCGGUUUCUGGUUGAUGACAACAGCCACGAGAAUAUGACAACAGGUUGUUAGCAAGCUAUUUUUGCGACAUUGACACAGAAACAGUGGCUUGCUAAAGUAUUCACCCCCCUUGGCAUUUUUCCUAUUUUGUUGCCUUACAACCUGGAAUUAAAAUAGAUUUGUAUCAUUUGAUUUACACAACAUGCCUACCACUUUGAAGAUGCAAAAUAUUUUUUGGGGUGAAACAAACAAGAAAUAAGACAAAAAAACAUUAAAUUUGAGCGUGCAUAACUAUUCACCCCCCCAAGUCAAUACUUUGUAGAGCCACCUUUUGCAGCAAUUACAGCUGCAAGUCUCUUGGGGUAUGUCUCUAUAAGCUUGGCACAUCUAGCCACUGUGAUUUUUGCCCAUUCUUCAAGGCAAAACUGCUCCAGCUCCUUCAAGUUGGAUGGGUUCCGCUGGUGUUCAGCAAUCUUUAAGUCAUACCACAGAUUCUCAAUUGGAUUGAGGUCUGGGCUUUCACUAGACCAUUCCAAGACAUUUAAAUGUUUCCCCUUAAACCACUCGAGUGUUGCUUUAGCAGUAUGCUUAAGAUCAUUGUCCUGCUGGAAGGUGAGUCUCAAAUCUCUGGAAGACUGAAACAGGUUUCCCUCAAGAAUUUCCCUGUAUUCUGACCAGUUUCCCAGUCCCUGCCGAUUAAAAACAUCCCCACAGCAUGAUGCUGCCACCACCAUGCUUCACUGUGGGGAUGGUGUUCUCGGGGUGAUGAGAGGUGUUGGGUUUGCACCAGAUAUAGUGUUUUCCUUCAUGGCCAAAAAGCUCAAUUUUAAUCUCAUCUGACCAGAGUACCUUCUUCCAUAUGUUUAAGGGAGUCUCCAACAUGCCUUUUGGUGAACAUGAAAUGUGUUUGCUUAUUUUUUUCUUUAAGCAAUGGCUUUUUUCUGGCUACUCUUCCGUAAAGCCCAGCUCUGUGGAGUGUACGGCUUAAAGUGGUCCUAUGGACAGAUACUCCAAUCUCCGCUGUGGAGCUUUGCAGCUCCUUCAGGGUUAUCUUUGGUCUCUUUGUUGCCUCUCUGAUUAAUGCCCUCCUUGCCUGGUCCGUGAGUUUUGGUGGGUGGCCCUCUCUUGGCAGGUUUGUUGUGGUGCCAUAUUAUUUCAAUUUUUUUAUAAUGGAUUUAAUGGUGCUCCGUGGGAUGUUCAAAGUUUUUGAUAUUUUUUUAUAACCCAACCCUGAUCUGUACUUCUCCACAACUUUGUCCCUGACCUGUUUGGAGAGUGCCUUGGUCUUCAUAGUGCCGCUUGCUUGGUGGUGCCCCUUGCUUAGUGGUGUUGCAGACUCUGGGGCCUUUCAGAACAGGUGUAUAUAUACUGAGAUCACGUGACAGAUCAUGUGACACUUAGAUUGCACACAGGUGGACUUUAUUUAACUAAUUAUGUGACUUCCGAAGGUAAUUGGUUGCACCAGAUCCUACUCCCCAGGAGCUAUCAUUUGUUGACUUCUGUAACUGUAAAAACAUUGGUUUUUUGCAUGUUAACAUCAGAAGCCUCCUCCCUAAGUUUGAGUUAUUCAUUGCGUUAGCACACUCCGCCAACCCUGAUGUUCUAGCAGUGUCUGAAUCCUGGCUUAGGAAGGCCAUCAACAAUUCAGAAAUGUCCAUCCCCAACUACAACAUUUUCUGUCUAGAUAGAACUGCCAAAGGGGGUGGAGUUGCAAUCUACUGUAGAGAUAACCUGCAGAGCUCUAUCAUACUAUCCAGGUCUGUGCCCAAACAGUUUGACCUCCUACUUCUAAAAAUCCACCUUUCCAGAAAUAAGUCUCUCACUAUUGCCGCUUGCUACAGACCCCCCUCAGCCCCCAGCUGUGCCCUGGACGCCAUAUGUGAAUUGAUUGCCCCCCCCAUCUAUCCUCAGAGUUCGUACUGCUUGGUGACCUAAACUGGGAUAUGCUUAUCACCCUGGCCAUCCUACAAUCCAAACUAGAUGCCCUCAAUCUCACACAAAUUAUCAAGGAACCUACCAGGUACAACCCUAAAUCCGUAAACAUGGGCACCCUUAUAGAUGUCAUCCUGACUAACUUACCCUCUAAAUACACCUCCGCUGUCUUCAACCAGGAUCUCAGCGAUCACUGCCUUAUUGCCUGCGUCCGUAACGGGUCCACUGUCAAACGCUCCCUAAAACACUUUAGCGAGCAGGCCUUCCUAAUUGACCUGGCCCAGGUAUCCUGGAUGGAUAUCGAUCUCAUUCUGUCAGUAGAGGAUGCCUGGUUGUUCUUUAAAAGUGCUUUCCUCUCAAUCUUAAAUAAGCAUGGCCCAUUCAAAAAAUUCAGAACUAUGAACAGAUAUAGCCCCUGGUUCUCCUCAGACUUGACUGCCCUUGACCAGCACAAAAACAUCCUGUGGCGUACUGCAUUAGCAUCGAAUAGCACCUGCGAUAUGCAACUUUUCAGGGAAGUUAGGAACCAAUAUACACAAGCAGUUAGGAAAGCAAAGGCUAGCUUUUUCAAACAGAAAUUUGCAUCCUGUAGCACUAACUCCAAAAAGUUUUGGGACACUGUAAAGUCCAUGGAGAAUAAGAGCACCUCCUCCCAGCUGCUCACUGCACUGUGGCUAGGAAACACUAUCACCACCGAUAAAUCUACAAUAAUCGAGAAUUUCAACAAGCAUUUUGCUACGGCUGGCCAUGCUUUCCACCUGGCUAGCACUACCCCGGUCACCAGCUCUGCACCCUCCGCUGCAACUUGCCCAUGCCUCCCCUGCUUCUCCUUCACACAAAUUCAGACAGCUGAUGUUCUGAAAGAGCUGCAAAAUCUGGACCCCUAUAAAUCAUCUGGGCUAGACAAUCUGGACCCUUUCUUUCUAAAAUUAGCUGCCGAAAUUGUCGCAACCCAUAUUACUAGCCGGUUCAACCUCUCUUUCGUAACGUCUGAGAUCCCCAGAGAUUGGAAAGCUGCGGCGGUCAUCCCCCUCUUCAAAGGGGGUGACACUCUAGAUCCAAACUGUUACAGACCUAUAUCCAUCCUGCCCUGCCUUUCGAAAGCAUUUGAAAGCCAAGUUAACAAACAGAUCACCGACCAUUUCGAAUCCCACCGUACCUUCUCCGCUAUGCAAUCCGGUUUCUGAGCUGGUCAUGGGUGCAGCUCAGCCACGCUGAAGGUCCUAAACGAUAUUAUAACCGCGAUCGAUAAUAGACAGUACUGUGCAGCCGUCUUCAUCGACCUGGCCAAGGCUUUCGACUGUCAACCACCGCAUUCUUAUUGGCAUACUAAAUAGCCUCGGUUUCUCAAAUGACUGCCUCGCCUGGUUCACCAACUACUUCUCAGAUAGAGUUCAAUAUGCCAAAUCGGAGGGCCUGUUGUCUGGACCUAUGGCAGUCUCUAUGGGGGUACCACAGGGUUCACUUCUUGGGCCGACUCUUUUCUCUGUGUAUAUCAAUGAUGUCGCUCUUGCUGCUGGUGAUUCUCAGAUCCACCUCUAUUCAGACGACACCAUUUUGUAUACAUCUGGCCCUUCAUUGGACACUGUGUUAACAAACCUCCAAACGAGCUUCAAUGCCAUACAACACUCCUUCCGUAGCCUCCAACUGCUCUUAUAAACAAGUAAAACUAAAUGCAUGCUCUUCAAUCGAAUGCUGCUGGCACCGGCCCACCCGACUAGAAUCACUACUCUCAACGGGUCUGACCUAGAGUAUGUGGACAACUACAAAUACCUAGGUGUCUGGUUAGACUGUAAACUCUCCUUCCAGACUCACAUUAAGCAUCUCCAAUCCAAAGUUAAAUCUAGAAUCGGCUUCCUAUUUCGCAACAAAGCCUCCUUCACUCAUGCUGCCAAACAUGCCCUCGUAAAACUGACUAUCCUACCGAUCCUUGACUUCGGCGAUGUCAUUUACAAAAUAGCCUCCAACACUCUAAUCAGCAAAUUGGAUGUAGUCUAUCACAGUGCCAUCCGUUUUGUCACCAAAGCCCCAUAUACUACCCACCAAUGUGACCUGUACGCUCUUGUUGGCUGGUCCUCACUACAUAUUUGUCGCCAAUCCCACUGGCUCCAGACCAUCUAUAAAUCACUGCUAGGCAAAUCCCUGCCUUAUCUUAGCUCAUUGGUCACCAUAGCAACACCCACCCGUAGUAUGCGCUCCAGCAGGUAUAUCUCACUGGUCAUCCCCAAAGCCAACACCUCCUUUGGCCGCCAUUCCUUCCAGUUCUCUGCUGCCAAUGACUGGAACGAACAGCAAAAAUCUCUGAAGCUGGAGACUCUUAUCUCCCUCACUAACUUUAAGCAUCAGUUGUCAGAGCACCUUACCGAUCACUGCACCUGUACACAGCCCAUCUGAAAUUAGUCCACUCAACUACCUCAUCCCCAUAUUGUUAUUUAUUUUGCUAAUUUGCACCCCAGUAUCUCUAUUUGCACAGCAUCUCUUGCACAUCUAUCAUUCCAGUGUUAAUACUAAUUGUAAUUAUUUUGCACUAUGGCCUAUUUAUUGCCUUACAUCCAUAAUUUGCUACAUUUGCACACACUGUAUAUAUAUUUUCUGUUGUAUUUUUGACUUUAUGUUUUGUUUUACCCCAUAUGUAACUCUGUGUUGUUGUUUUUAUCUUGGCCAGGUCGCAGUUGUAAAUGAGAACUUGUUCUCAACUGGCUUACCUGGUUAAAUAAAGGUGUACAUAUGAGUACAUAUGCACGCACCACUUUUCAGUUAUUUAUGUUUUACAAUUAUUUGAGAGAUUUUUUCCAUUUCACUUCACCAAUUGGACUAUUUUGUGUAUGUCCAUUACAUGAAAUCCAAAUAAAAAUCCAUUUAAAUUACAGGUUGUAAUGCAACAAAAUAGGAAAAAACGCAAAGUGGGCUGAAUACUUUUGCAAGGCACUGUAUAGGUUGUGUUGUUUGCCUCAGAGCUUUCAGAGCACACACUGGACACUCUGGCCGAGGAGUAGGGUUGAUCCGAGCGUUCUGUUAAUUUGGAUGUGGGGAUUUAUGCCUUUCAAUCUAAUUUAAAUGUUUGAACUUGUAACGCGGCUGCAUUAAUUUCUAACGCGGCGGCAUGGGAUUUGUCGGAUUAUGGCCGGAGUGGUGAUGUUGCAUCCAAUGGCAGUGUCCAUGAAAAGGUAACGCAAUGAUCUGGUUGUAGAUUUGACAGCUCUAACACAGUUCCACCUCCGACACCACCAAAACAACAUUAUGUGGCUGUCAAUCUGAUUUACUCUAACCCUUAAUGUCUGUUUCAAAUGACACCCUAUUUCCCAUGAAGUAGUGCACUAUAUGGGGAAUAGAGUGUCAUUUGAAGCUACCCUCCAAAGGGAAACUUGGUGUUUCACAGCAAUUAUUUGAUUUGUAAGAUUGGGGCGCUCACAGGGAGACUAUGUUGUGAAAACAGAACAGAACAGAACAGAGCCACAGUAUGUACUUCCAUAGUCAGUUCUCCUCAGAGCAGUUCUGUACAGGUGAGAGCGGGAUGGGGGCCGGAGAGGGGAAACCCCUGGGAUAAUAUCUUACCUAGCCCUUUGAUUCAGGGUCGAACUGCUUCCUGUAGCGCAUGUGACACACACAUACGCUCACACAAAUUGUAGGCAGUCAAUUCAGGAAGUGAUGUGAAUAAAACAUUCAGACAUUUAAAAAGUUUUUAAAUAAAUAGCCCUUUUUUCGAUUAUUGAAUUGUCAUUUUUGUUUACUUCCUGAAUUGACUGCCCAACCCUGACACACACACACCCUGUAAUUACGGUACUUGCACUGACCCUGUAUAGCUUGCAUUCUCAUGAUUUUUAAUGCUACUUUUCCUCAGAGCACAUCCAUGGUGUCUCCAUAUGUACUGUUACCACAGGGAUGAUGUUGGAAAGCUGUAGGCUCGUCAGCUUCCCCAGAGUAGCCAGAGAGAGACUGGAGGAACAGCAGGUACAGUCAGAUAAAUAUUUAUUUGUGAACAAUAGACUUAGUCAAGCAAAACAUUGCUGUAUAGUAUGUGUGCUUGUGGCAACAACGCCCCAUCACACCCAAGAACAGAUAUGGAUCUGGCUUCAGAACACUUGUUCUCUCUCUCUCUCUCUCUCUCUCUCUCUCUCUCUCUCUCUCUCUCUCUCUCUCUCUCUCUCUCUCUCUCUCUCUCUCUCUCUCUCUCUCUCUCUCUCUCUCUCUCUCUCUAUCUCUCUCUCUCUCUCUCUCUCUCUCUCUCUCUCUCUCUCUCUCUCUCUCUCUCUCUCUCUCUCUCUCUCUCUCUCUCUCUCUCUCUCUCUCUCUCUCUCUCUCUCUCUAGGUGGAGGUUCAGAAUGACUGCUCUGAGGUGUGGCCAGGUCAAGAUGUUCACAUCACCCUAAAGACAAAUCCAAGCUACUGCGGAGUCACCUGGACAAGCACUUACCAUGUUCCAGGUAAGAAUGACCACCGUGAAUACUUUCUACCAACUGAUGUACUCAAAGCGCUUUACAUAGUAAAUGGGAAACUCACCUCAUCCAGCACCAAUGUGUGGCAUUCACGGCAGCCAUUUUGUGCCAGAAUGCUCACUACACAUCAGCUAGAAUGGUGGAGAGGUGAGGAUAUAUGCCAAUUAAGAAUGAGGUAGAUGAUUAGGUGGCCAUAAUAUCAACCAAUUGAUUGAAAUCGCCUAUUUCAGCAUCUUGCACACACAGAUUCCCAGUGGAUCAUGUUGGUUAAACCUGACUGUAUUUGACUUUGAUUAUUUAAGAACUAUUGAGUUGAGUGAGGUGAACUGACACUGCAGGCUAUCAUAAGCAAACAUAUUGAGUCAGCAAAUGUCUUCUGCAGAAACACUUAAAUAUCAUAAAACCCUCAAGGUCUAUCCGAAAGUCCCCCUACCCUGCUGAAAAAAAACAGCAUAGACCAGCAUGGGCCAGCUUUAAAUGUAUGCUGGUCUAUGCUGUUUUUUUCAGCAGGGUAGUCAUGCUCUUACUCAAUAUGCAUACACAAUGAUCAUAUGUCGAUGCACUGUUUGUUUUACAGAGAACAAAACUGAACUUGGUUUUAAACUAUAUUUCAGAAUGUGACAGCAGAGAUCUUCGGAGUAACAUUCCAGAAUGUAUCAGUAAGUUUGAUAGAUUUUAUUUCUCUAUUGUUCUAUAGUUCACAACCAUUGAAUAACACUAGAUAUCCCUUAGAAUGGGUUAAAAUGACAGACUAUUUCUGCAUUCAACAAGGCUACAUAUUUGCCUUGCCAAACCAGACAACAACAUACUCAUUCUACAUUUCCUUGUGUACAAAUCAGCCAAAAUAUAUUGGCAGUGCAUCCAUUUCCCUUGACUGUGUGAUUACUGACUGACUGUGUCCUAUGACAGCUGGUAGGCUAGCGUACACUGUGGACUCAGACAGAAAGGAGCUGGCUGUGUCUGUCUCAGACAUGUUGGAGGAUGAAGACUAUCACCUGAGACUGUGUCACAGAAAAGCCUACACCUGUAGAGACACAGGGGCCAACACACUGGUAAGAUUACAGGAGAUGGGGACUUUAUAGAGUAAAUGUUUAUUCUCAAAUGGUGGGACCCUGGUUAGCCUGGAAUCCAUAAUGUAUGUUUCACUAUUGUUUCACUCAGUGAAAUGAAAGCAUAGUGAAACAGAUUGAUAUUCAGUUUGGAGUGUGGCUAGGCACUGAUAAUAUGUUGAGGCACUUCCCCACUUUCACUUUCCUAGCAUAAUAACACCUCCCAGUGCGUUUACAACUACUGCUUGCCAGUAAGUGUUGUAAACCUGUGAUAGUCAACACUAUACUUUGUGCAUACUCUGAUAGUAACACAGGGAAGAGGAAGGUCGUAGAAAUGCCUCAACUAAAUGGUAUGACGCUGAGACAAGCAUCAUAAAUCAGUUGUGCUAUACUCAUCAGACCCUGGAUUUAAAUUCCAUUUGAAAUAAUUUCAAGUACUUUACCUGGGCUUGAUUGAGCUUGCCUGGCACAAUGGAACCAAUAUAAUAGUGCCAAAACUACAAAUCAGGCCCAUCUGGCACUCCAGGCAGACUAGUAUUUGAAAAGAUGUCAAAUAGUAUUUGAACCCAGGUCUGAUCCUUGUUGACCCUUGUUCCUUCUCCGCAGAUCAGAAAGGAGGAUGUGCUGAAGAAUACUACUCUGCAGUAUUCUACACCUUUGCCCUGUCUCUGUAUCGAGGUAACGACACUUAACGGCUCAUUAUCUAGUUAGAUCAAUCUUUAUCUACUAUUUUAACUGCGUUUUAGAUAAUUUUGUUUCACCUUUAUGUAAUCAAAUGUCUUUAUGAUGAUCUGGACUGUCUUGUGGACAUUGUGGUGUUACAGUGCAUUCGGAAAGUGUUCAGACCCCUUUACUUUUUUCACAUUUUGUUACGUUACAGCCUUAUUCUAAAAUGUAUUAUAUAGAUUUUUUCCCUCAUCAAUCUAGACACUAUACCCCAUAAUGACAAAGCAAAAAAAGGGUUUUAGAAAUUGUUGCAAAUGUAUAAAAAAACAACUAAAAUAACACAUUUAAGUACACAACCAGUCAAAAGUUUGGACACACCUACUCAUUCAAGGGGUUUUCUUAAUUUUUUACUAUUUUUUACAUUGUAGAAUAAUAGUGAAGACAUCAAAACUAUGAAAUCACACAUAUGGAAUCAUGUAGUAAACAAAAAAGUGUUAAAGAAAUCAAAAUAUGUUUUAUAUUUGAGAUUCUUCAAAUAGCCACCCUUUGCCUUGAUGGCAGCUUUGCACAUUCUUGACAUUCUCUCAACCAGCUUCACCUGGAAUGGUUUUCCAACAGUCUUGAAGGAGUUCCCACAUAUGCUGAGCACUUGUUGGCUGCUUUUCCUUCACUCUGUGGUCGGACUCAUCCCAAACCAUCUCAAUUUGGUUGAGGUCGGGGGAUUGUGGAGGCCAGGUCAUCUGAUGCAGCACUCCAUCACUCUCCUUCUUGGUAAAAUAGCCCUUUGACAGCCUGGAGGUGUGUUGGGUCAUUGUCCUGUUGAAAAACAAAUGAGAGGCCCACUAAGCCCAAACCAGAUGGGAUGGCGUAUCGCUGUAGAAUGCUGUGGUAGCCAUGCUGGUUAAGUGUGCCUUGAAUUUACAUUUUAGUCAUUUAGCAGACGCUCUUAUCCAGAGCGACUUACAGUUAGUGAAUACAUUAUUUAAUUUUUUUAUACUGGCCCCCCGUGGUAAUCAAACCCACAACCCUGGCGUUGCAAACGGCAUGCUCUAUCAACUGAGCUACAUCCCUGCCGGCCAUUCCCUCCCCUACCCUGAACGAUGCUGGGCCAAUUGUGCGCCGCCCACAAUUGGCCCAGCGUCGUCCAAUUGUGCGCCUCCUCCUCCAUGCUUUACGGUGGGAAAACACAUGCGGAGAUCAUCCGUUCACCCACACCGCGUCUCACAAAGACACAGCGGUUGGAACCAAAAAUCUCCAAUUUGGACUCCAGACCAAAGGACAAAUUUCCACCGGUCUAAUGUCCAUUGCUCGUGUUUCUUGGCCCAAGCAGGUCUCUUCUUCUUAUUGGUGUCCUUUAGUAGUGGUUUCUUUGCAGCAAUUCGACCAUGAAGGCCUGAUUCACACAGUCCCCUCUGAACAGUUGAUGUUGAGAUGUGUCUGUUACUUCAUCACAGCGCUUGAUGGUUUUUGCGAAUGCACUUGUAUAAACUUUCAAAGUUCUUGAAACUUUACGGAUUGACUGACCUUCAUGUCUUAAAGUAAUGAUGUACUGUCAUUUCUCUUUGCUUAUUUGAGCUGUUCUUGCCAUAAUAUGGACUUGGUCUUUUACCAAAUAGGGCUAUCUUCUGUAUACCACCCCUCCCUUGUCACAACAAAACUGAUUGGCUCAAACGCAUUAAGAAGGAAAGAAAUUCCACAAAGUAACUUUUAACAAAUGCAUUCCAGGUGACUACCUCAUGAAGCUGGUUGAGAGAAUUCCAAGAGUGUGCAAAGCUGUCAUCAAGGCAAAGGGUGGCUACUUUGAAGAAUCUCAAAUAUAUUUUGAUUUGUUUAACACUUUUUUGGUUACUACAUGAUUCUAUAUGUGUCAUUUCAUAGUUUUGAUGUCUUCACUAUUAUUCUACAAUGUAGAAAAACUGUAAAAAUAAAGAAAAACCCUGGAAUGAGUAGGUGUGUCCAAACUUUUGACUGGUACUGUACAUAUUCAGACCCUUUACUCAGUACUUUGUUGAAGCACCUUUGGCAGAGAUUACAGCCUCGAGUAUAAUUGGGUAUGAUGCUGCCACCACCAUGCUUCACUGUAGGGAUAGUGCCAGGUUUCCUCCAGACGUGAUGCUUGGCAUUCAGGCCAAAGAGUUGAAUCUUGGAUUCAUCAGACCAGAGAAUCUUGUUUCUCAUGGUCUGAGAGUCUUUAGGUGCGAAGCGGGCCUUCAUGUGCCUUUUACUGAGGAGUGGCUUCCGUCUGGCCACUCUUCCAUAAAGGCCUGAUUGGUGGAGUGCUGCAGAGAUGGUUGUCCUUCUGGAAGGUUUUCUCAUCUCCACAGAGGAACUCUGGAGCUCUGUCAGAGUGACCAUCAGAUUCUGGCCGGGCGGCCAGCUCCAGGAAGAGUCUUGGUGGUUCCAAACUUCAUCCAUUUAAGAAUGACGGAGGCCAAUGUGUUCUUGGGGACCUUCAAUGCUGCAGAAAUAUUUUGGUACCCUUCCUCAGAUCUGUUCCUUGACACAAUCCUGUCUCAGAGCUCUACAGACAAUUCCUUCGACCUCAUGGCUUAGUUUUUGCUCUGACAUGCUGUGGGACCUUGUAUAGACAGGUGUGUGCCUUUCCAAAUUAUGUCCAAUCAAUUGAAUCUACCACAGGUGGACUCCAAUCAAGUUGUAGAAACAUCUCAAGGAUGAUCAAUGGAAACAGGAUGCACCUGAGCUCAAUUUUGAGUCUCAUUGCAAAGUGUCUGAAUACUUAUGUAAAUAAGGUAUUUCUAUUUUUAGUUUAAGUUUUUUGUAAAAAUUUCUACAAACCAGUUUUUUCUUUCUAAUUAUGGGAUAUUGUGUGGAGAUUGAUGAGGAUUUUUUAUUUAUUUAAUCUGUUUUAGAAUAAGGCUGUAACGUAACAAAAUGCGGAAAAAGUCAAGGGGUCUGAAUACUUUCCGAAUGCACUGUAUAUAUUUCUAUAUUUAUCCCACAGGGCUGGUCUGCCACGUCUGAUGCACCCAGAGUUCAAGUCUUUCCCUUCAAAGACCGUGAGUGUCCUUCAAUUUCUAUUAGACUGAAUGUUUUAUUAGUUGGUUGGUUGAUUGAUUGUGAAAUUUGCAAGAUUGUCAGUGCAUUGCUUUUGACCGUGCCUCUUCUUUUCUCCAAAGGUCUGGAGGAGUUGUGGUCUGGCAUAAACUUUGACCCGGUGGAGGAGGCUUUGUCAUGGGAACCAGUGUGUCCUGUUGCCGUGGUGAUCUCACUGUGCCAGAAACGAGGGGACGAUGAGUGUGACGAUCUGGCUGGUUCAUCACAGACCCUCAGCAGGGAAAAGGUUAGGUGCCUCAAUCAAUCAGUUAGUAAAUCAAUCAGCCUCACAUCUGUACUUCUUUGAACUCCUUCACAGUUAAAAUGCUGUUUCAAAGACAAAAGACUGAUAUGACAUAGAAACAGUCAGGCACCAAGACUAUAUCACCAGAUGACUGUUUUAACUAUUAUAGAUUAAAGUCCUAAUUUAACUGUAGCUCAGCUGGUAGAGCACGGCGCUUGUAACGCCAAGGUAGUGGGUUCGAUCCCCGGGACCACCCAUACACAAAAAUAAAUAAAUGUAUGCACGCAUGACUGUAAGUCGCUUUGGAUAAAAGCGUCUGCUAAAUGGCAUAUUACUAUUGUUAUUAUAACUUUCUUUCAGAUAACAUUCUCCAGAGUGGAUCCACACCCACAGCUUUGUAUGAAGGUAAGACACCACCUUUGCCUGUGACUGAAUGCAUUAUCUUUCUAAGAAGUCCUACUUACUAUCUGAACAUACCGGUACAUCUCCCCUUUGAGUAUGCAGAACAAAUUCAUCUAACAAAUGCAUGCUCCUGGCUGUUGUUUUAUCUACAGUUUACCACAGAUUCUGGAUCCUGGAUCCGGUGCCCCUUUGCAGAUGGGAAUUUCCAAGGUAAUAGCUCUCUGUAAAUAGUGUGCAUAUAAUUAUCAUGAGUGAUCCGUCUGAAGUUGUGAAUGAUGUGCUUUUAAGUGGAAAAGCGUGCCACAGUUUGCACAUCAGUCAAACCCAUGACACCCAAGGAUUAGAAACCACCAACGCUCUAGUAUCAAUCUUUACACCCACGGGGGGUAUGAAAAAUAAAUAAAUAUGUAUGCACUCACUAACUGUAAGUCAUUCUGGAUAAGAGCGUCUGCUAAAUGACUAAAAUGUAAAAUGUAAAUGUACACUAAUACUAUUAUGGCAGACCUGGAUUAUGGCAGACAUGGAUUAAAAUAGCAUUUGUCUGGCACAAUGAACCAAUGAACCACCCAUAUGGCACUCCAGGCAGGCUGAAUCAAAUGCUCAAACUUUUUGGAAAGAAAACAUACUAUUUGAACCCAGGUCCGUUAUCUAGUAUUACCAGUAUAGAGUACCACAGUAUGAGUCGUUUUUCCACUGUAAAUUUUUCCCAUAGGGGAUUUUAGAAACACUUAAAAUAAGAGCUGCAUUUCAUGUAGGCUUACCCUGGCGUGACGUUUUGAUAACUGUGUAAAUCUCUCUAGGACAAGGUGACUUUUAUCAAUAUAUAUGCCUGUAUUUACUAUUUACCCCCCAAAAAUGAAAUGCUAAUUAGCUGUUAAUGUGGCUAUCAUAAAUAACUACAAAUACAAUGAUGAUCUGGAUGAGCCUGCCGAAUUCGAGGCAAAGGUAAGAAUCUCUGGAUUAACUAUCUAAUGUUAGCUAAAUGUAGUAAUGAAUAAAUAGGCUACAUUUCUUUAAAUUGACUAUUCUGUAAACUGUCUUCUGCAAGUUUUAAAUUGACACAAUACCUGUUAGCAAAGGUAUCGGCCAGAGAUGACUUGCAGGGAUUUGUAGUUUUGCAUGACGUCUACUUUGAUGCUAGUUACCAUUUUCGAAUAUAUUGAUAAAAGUCACCUUGUCCAAGAAAGAUUUACAAGGUUAUCAAAACAUCACGCCAGGGUAAGCCUACAUGAAACACAGCAAUUAUUUUAAGUGUUUCUAAAAUCCCCUAUGGGAAAAUGAAUGGUGGGAAAACUAUUGAAACCGUUUCCGUUUGACCGCUAGGUUUUAUGGGUAUUAUGACACCUCCACUGUGGGGCUCUAUACUGCAGGUGAUCAUACAGUAAUUAAUGUUGAAUGAUGCCAUUGCCUUGCUCUCCAGCCUGGGACCUGGGUGUCGACCAGCUGCGGCUGGUUGUAACAUCACGGGUCAGAGCACCAAUCUCGCUUCGUGUGUGUGUGAAGACGGGGACCUCUGUAUGCCACCCAGGACACACAUUCCCUGUACAUGGGGUAAAUAAAUGUCUAUCUGCAACUAAUUCUUAUCAUAGGCAACAGUACUAAUGAUUAUUUUUUUUAAAUAAGGGUGUUUGCUUACUAUAAAGUCUGCUAUAUCAAGGAGCUGUGUGGACCAAACAAAGAUACAAUUACUGUAUGACUUACGUUCCCCAAUAACCAAAAAUCAUCGCUCAACAUAAAAAGGGAACUAAACCAGGUGGGGUUUUAAAAUAGGUUCUGAAAGGCAUCCAUGGGGGGUGCCUACUGAGUGCUGGCCAAGCGAACUCGAGUAGUGUCUUAACACACCCACCAUGGACUCCCAUUAGAGUUGCCUGAUACAGACAAACUAAAACAACCCACACCAACUUAAGUUAGGGAGUGAAAAUAAACAUGGAGCAAACCAAAGAGGGAGGCACAAAAUAAAAGGCUUUGUAUUCACAAACUUAGAAGGAGAGUUAAACUGCUCUUCCAACAUCUAUCAUGCCAACUGGAGCAUUGGCUCUGCAGCUCUUAAAUAUCACCUGUGCCAGCACGAGGCGACAAGUGCAACACAUCCUGACCACCGAGGAUGACUCCAAUCAGCGCACAUGAUCAACUUAAAGGGGAACUACACCCGCUGAGUUGGCCUCGUUUUUUGGCUUGCUCCUCAAGAAAUGCUGACGGCCAUGACAGAAACCAAACAUGAGUUGGCUUAGGGCUGUGGUUUCAUGUGGGUGUGUCAGUGGGCAGGUUUGUUUUACAUGGCCCGGUGCCCUGUGUGGGUUGAGAUUUCUCCUUAGGACCAAUGGAAUGGUAGAAAAUGAGCAAACCCCACCCACCCGGGGCACCAGGCAAUGCAAAACGAAUUUGCUCCUAACCUCCACCAAGACACACCCAUCUGUCAGAACCUUGCCCGCAGCUGUUUUCCCCCACUCAAUCACAACAAAGAAACCUCCUGCAGGUUGAGUUCAAUAACUACAGGCAGACGUAUGGUGAGAUGCUGGAGGAAGCUUUGUAGCCUACAGAAUAAUAUGAGAAUAAUUUAAUUGCUGAAUUUAUGUAGAUAUUCUUAACUACGUGUUUUGAUAACGUUCAGGUCCAUGUAGAAUAAACAACCCUUUACAUAAUACCAUAGAAGCAGUGUUCUGCUAAUAUAACAAUGUGCACCUUUCAUUGUCAUUCCCAGCCGGUACAGAUACUGUGCCUAUCGGCAUUUUGUCUGGUGGUAAUUGGGCUAUCUUGGCAUACAUGUCAGAGUGGUCAUACCUUCCUGUGCAGUUCCCUGAUCCUGGUGCAGAAUUCACAGGGUUUCUCCCUCCCCAUAUUGACUGAUACCAUUCAAUUCAAUAAUAAAAAUAAAAUAUAAAAAAAAUUAAAUAGCUGCCUAAAGAAGUUUUGACAAAAGAGGGAAAAUCUUGAUCUGUGUACCUUCCUAGUAUUCCCAUUUCCUUGGGACGAGCCCAACCAAAACAAAACUUACAUCUCUAAUACAGCGAAACGUGCGGUCAAAAUACAAUUUGUGCCAGGGCUAAACACUAGCUAAGCACAACAAAAACGUAUUGACUGCCCACCCUUGAAAGACAAUCAGCAUCCAAGUUGUCCUUACCACGGACAUGUCUGUUUUCAAAAGGAAACUCCUGCAAUAUGAGACUCCAGUGAAGGAGUCUGCAAUUCGUGGAGCUCGUCUUUUACAGGAAAACAAGAGGGUUACAAUCACUAAAGACCAGAAGAGGGGUAGAGACCGAUACACAAACCUUGAUCUGCUGUUGAGUGUUUCUUUCUCAAUGGUGGAGUAGUGUUUCUGAUAGGAGGCCAACUUCUUCGAAAAGUACCCCACUGGAUGCUCAACAUCGUUGUCGUCUUGCUGCAGGAGCACAGCACCUGCUCCUACAUCACUGGCAUCUGUAUACAAAGAGAAUGGAUGAUGGAAAUCUGGAGCGGCAAGCACCGGUGCGGAGACCAAAAGGCCUUCGUCUUCUCAAAAGCCACCUGACAGUCUGGGCUCCAACGGAAAAUGACUUUGGGACUGGUCAAAUCCGUAAGUGGGGCAACAACCUGGGCAAAGUUCUUGCAAAAUGGUUGGUAGUAGCCAGCCACCCUCAAGAAUUGGUGCAGUUCCUGGCGAGAAGUUGGCACAGGAAGGCUAUUGAUGGCCUCCACUUUUGCCAUGACCGGUCAGACUUUUCCUUGGUCCACCAUCUUCCAGAGAUACUUCACUGUUGCUUGGGUGAUUUCACUCUUUGACAGUUUAACAUUCAUUCAAGCUGGCAGACGCAGAACAGAUGUUCUGAAGGUGUUCUGGCCAGGUGGCAUAAAUACCACCACAUUGUCCAAAUAUGCCUCAGCAUUUUCCAGACCACGUAGCAUGAUGUGCAUGAGCCUUUGAAAUGUGGCUCCGGCAUUUCAUAACCUGAACGGAAGAUGAAGGUAAGAUAACAAACCAUUAGGAGUGAGAAAAGCAGACGGCUCUUUGGCACGCUCAGUUAGAGGGACAUGCCAGUAUCCCUUCAGGAGAUUGAACUUGCUAACGUACAGCGCCAACACGGUCCACACAAUCGCAGACCCUGGGCACAUUAGAGGCUGCUGCUGCCUAUUGAAAUCACUGGCCACUUUAAGAAAUGGAACACUAGUCACUUUAAUAAUGUUUACAUAUCUUGCACUACUCAUCUCAUAUGUAUAUACUGUAUUCUAUUCUAUAAUAUUCUACUGUAUCUUAGCCCAUGCCGCUCUGUCAUUGCUUGUCCAUAUAUGUAUAUAUUCUUAAAUUCCAUUCCUUACUAGAUUUGUGUGUAUUGGGUAUAUGUUGUGAAAUUGUUAGAUAUUACUUGUUAGAUAUUACUGCACUGUUGGAGCUAGAAGCACAAGCAUUUCGCUACACCCGCAAUAACAUCUGCUAAACACGUGUAUGUGACAAAUAAAAUUUGAUUUGAUUUGAAGGGUACGAGUCUGAUUUAGUAACAUCAAUGAGUUUGAGAAAAUCAGAACAAAAGCGCAGAGACCCAUCCGGCUUAUGUACCAAUAUGCAGGGUGAACUCCACGGACUGUUGCCAUGUUGUGCAAUGCCGUGCUCAAGCAUGAAUUCUACCUCACUGCAGAGUUUCUCUCUCUUUUCAGGAUUCACUCGAGUCCAACGAGCCCAACGUGUUAUGCUCUAGUACAUUUGUCUGAGUUGGCACAUCUGAAAAUAAACCCUGAUAUUCUAAAAGCAGUGCAACAAUGUCACCUUUCUCCUCCGGAGACAAGUGUGCCAAAAAGCUCUCAAGGUUUUCCAGAAUCUCUGUGUUACUCAACCGUCCCGGCACAGUGUGUAUUGGGCUUUCCUCGUGCUCUCAAGGAAGUGCUGGGCUUUCCUCAUGCUCUCGAAGAAGACAAUAGUCAACGGUGAUGGCAGUGGCCACCGACUUCUCCGCCGAUCACAGCGGGAGAAGUAUGGUUUCAACAUAUUGACAUGACACAGUAGUUUUUUCCCCCUGCGCUCCGGUGUGGCGAUGAUGUAAUAAAAAAAUAUAUAUUUAUGAGGUAAGGUCCUGAAAAGUGAGCUCAAAACAGUGACACCAGAUUCUUGAACAACCUCCCGUGCUGCAAAUAGCACUAGAGGGACCAUUUCAUCCCAGUCUUUCUCGAACUCAAAGCCGUAAUCUCUCAACAUAGACUUCAAAGUCUGAUGAAAUCUCUCAAGAGAACCUUGAGGGGCAAUAGGUAGCACUAGAGGGGCAAUAGGUAACACCCAACUGCUGUAGCACUUGCUGAAAUUAGAACCUUGGUCUGAUUGGACUACCUGCGGAAGUCCAAACGUUGACAAGAACACCCUCCAAAAUUAAGGAUUGGGCUACCCCAGUGUCUCACAGUAUCUCCACAGGCUGUUUAACAGCAUCACCACUCUGCAGAGACAUGAACCCAUCUGAAACAAAGGGUUCAUACAUAUCUGAUCUAAGACUUAACGGGCUUGAGUGCUCCCACAAAAAGAACAGCUUUUUCUGUCUCAUUUUUCUGUUUCAACUUAGGAGACAGUGGCCGUGUCCGAAUACCCAUACUAGCGUACUACAUACUUAAACUGCAUACUCUUUACUCAUCGUUGCAUACUAUUUAGCACGUACCGUUUAGCGUAUAGAAAAAGUAUGCAGUAUGACACAGCCGCAACGCAGUAGCGGCUCCUGAUUGGCUAAGUAGGUGGGGCGGGACCGAGUGCGGGUGGAUUUUUCCAAAUUCAAAAGACAUGCAUCGCAUUAACCAACCUGAUAAUAGCUCAUUUCCAAUUUGAUUAACCCUUUUAUGCGUACGAAUAAUCAUUCUACAGUGGUCAAUACAGUGUAGGCUCAAACCGGUGUGAUUAGAACACUUCAUUAGAACAUCUAGUUACGAUUGAUGCAACAGUCAGCGUUUGAGCAGGCCACACUUUUUUCACAGCAACAUUUUGCAUAAACACAGUCUUUAGAACGUUAUGUCCUUAAUGUGACCUUUCGGUUACUGGCCCAAUGUUCUUAACCGCUAGUCUAAAACCGUGAAGAACUGACAGAAACACAAUACCAGGUCGUACAUGAAAGAGAGAGGGGACACACCUAAACAGAAGUACAACAGAAGCCAUAAGGAAAUAUAUUUAUUCUUCUAAAGCUCACUGACAUGUUUUUGUAUUCUGUUUCCUUUUACAGGAGAGUGUUUUGAAGUACACUCAAAUGUUUUAUGUCUUCCUUUUGCAGGAGAAAUCUGUUAAUCUCAACCUGACUGUGGACAUAUGCCUACCAAACACCUGUGUCCAAGUAAGAUGAAUACUGUUCAUGUAAAUGUUCGUACAUGUAUAGUUCUCACAGGCAUUUUGAUAUUGAUUGAUAGACGCAUAUUCUAUUUUGACAGGUGAAGAGGCUUAACGUAAAGUAUGCUGCCACCAUCCUUCAUUGCUAUAUACGAUGCUGUGAGUGUUGUGUAACUUUUUGACCUAUAGUACAAGGGUUUACUAAGAAGAAGUGAGCUCAUUCAAAACUCUCUUGAGUUCAGCCUUGUGUGACCAUUCAGCCUUGAGUGACCGACUGGGUUCCUACAGGGUCUCCCACAAGACCGUGUUAGCCCAAUGAGCUAAAGCCAAGGUAUUGGCUCUGGUAGCUAACGCAAGUCUUCAGGAAAUCUAACAAGCCUCAGGCAAGGUUACUCAUCACGCUUGUGUGGUUCACCUUACCUCCUCCAUUAUAUUAACUCAUUCAACAUUCUCGAGGAGGGAGGCAUUCCCCUACUCAGCUGCGCUCCACCUUCUUUACACUGGAAUCCUUGCAUGCACACCUUGCCUUGGCCCCUAUCUGAUACAAACACUGUUGACUUCACAGCCUAAGUAUCUUUUGUUUGAGGCUGUGUGUGUGAAUGUGUUGAACGAGACUGAACACGCCAAAUGUACAGUUCCUUCAGAAAGUAUUCAUACCCUUUGACUUAUUCCCCAUUUUGUUGUUACAGCCUGAAUUCAAAAUGGAUUACAUUUUUUUUAUAUCACUAAUCUACACACAAUACCCCAUAAUGAGAAAGUGAAAACCUGUUUUUAGAAAUUGUUGCAAAGUUAUUGAAAAUGAAAUACAGAAAUAUCUAAUUUACAUAAGUAUUCACACCCCUGAGCCAAUACAUGUUAGAAUCAGCUUUGGCAGCGAUUACAGCUGUGAGUCUUUCUGGGUAAGUCUCUAAGAGUUUUGCACACCAGGAUUGUACAAUAUCUGCACAUUAUUCUUUAUUCAAGCUCUGUCAAGUUGGUUGUUGAUCAUUGCUGGACAGCCAUUUUCAAGUCUUGUCAUAGAUUUUCAAGCCGAUUUAAGUAACAACAUUCAAUGUUGUCUUGGUAAGCAACUUCAGUGUAUAUUUGGCUUUGUAUUUUAGGUUAUUGUCCUGCUGAAGGAUGAAUUUGUCUCCCAGUGUCAGUUGGAAAGCAGACUGAACCAGGUUUUUAUCUCGGAAAUUGCCUGUGCUUAGCUCUAUUCCGUUUCUUUAAUGUUAAAAAUCUCCCUAGUCCAUGCUGAUGACAAGCAUACGCAUAACAUGAAAGAACCACCACCAUGCUUGAAAAUAUGAAGAGUGGUACACAGUAAUGUGUGGAUUGGAUUUUCCCCUAAAAUAAUUAUUUGUAUUCAGGACAUAACGUUUAUUUCUUUAAAUUUUUUUGCAGUUUUACUUUAGUGUUAUUGCAAACAGGAUGCAUGUUUUGGAAUAUUUGUAUUCUGUACAAGCUUCCUUCUUUUCACUCUGUCAUUUAGGUUAGUUUUGUGGAGUAGCCCCGUGUAGCUCAGUUGGUAGAGCAUGGCGCUUGCCAGGGUUGUGGGUUCGUUUCCCACGGGAGGCCAGUAUGAAAAUGUAUACACUCACUAACUGUAAGUCGCUCUGGAUAAGAGCGUCUGCUAAAUGACUAAAAUGUAAAAUGUAAAUGUAACUACAAUGUUGUUGAUCCAUCCUCAGUUAUCUCCUAUCACAGCCAUUCAACUCUGUAACUGUUUUAAAGUCACCAUUGGCCUCAUGGUGAAAUCCCUGAGCAUCUUCCUUCUUCUCCGUCCAAAGUGUAAUUAAUAAUUGCACCAUGCUCAUGUUUAACAUUAUUAUUGCACACAGAGUGAGUCCAUGAAAGUUAUUUAGUGACUUGCUAAGCAAAUUUUUACUCCUGAACUUAUUUAGGCUUGCCAUAACAAAGGGGUUGAAUACUUAUUGACUCAAGACACUUAACCUUUUUAUUUGUAAUUAAUUCGUAAAAAACGGUUGAAAAACAUAAUUCCACUUUGACAAUAUGGGGUAUUGUGUGUAGGCCAGUGACACAAAAUCUCAAUUUAAACAAUUUCAAAUUCAGGCUGUAACACAACAAAAUGUGGAAAAAGUCAAGGGGUGUGAAUACUUUCUGAAGGCACUGUAGCUAAAUGCUUCCACUCUAUUUAAAUGGCUUUAUGGCAAGGGUUCAAAGAACACUGCUAACAUGAUGUAAUUCCUCAUACCAACAAACAUUUUUAUUUUUUCAACAUGUUCACAAACCACUCCAGCUUUCAAAAACAAAUUGAAAAUAGGUUGUAGGCUAAGUGGUAUUGGGAAAUAUUACACAGAAAAAGGUGCUUGAAGUCAAAGUGUAUAACCACUGUUUACAGUGGCUUGUGAAAGUAUUGAGCCCCCUUGGCAUCUUUCCUAUUUUGUUGCCUUACAACCUGGAAUUAAAGUUGAUUUUUUAGGGGGAUUGUAUCAUUUGAUUUAAACAACAUGCCUACCACUUUGAAGAUGCAAAAUAUUUUUUUAUUGUGAAACAAACAAGAAAUAAGACAAAAAAACAGAAAAGUCAAUACUUUGUAGAGCCACCUUUUGCAGCAAUUACAGCUACAAGUCUCUUGGGGUAUGUCUCUAUAAGCUUGGCACAUCUAGCCACUGGGAUUUUUGUCCAUUCUUCAAGGCAAAACUGCUCCAGCUCCUUCAAGUUGGAUGGGUUCCGCUGGUGUACAGCAAUCUUUAAGUGAUACCACAGAUUCUCAAUUGGAUUGAGGUCUGGGCUUUGACUAGGGUGGUCCUCUGUAGCUCAGCUGGUAGAGCACGGCGCUUGUAACGCCAAGGUAGUGGGUUCGAUCCCCGGGACCACCCAUACACAAAAAAAAUUAUGCACGCAUAACUGUAAGUCGCUUUGGAUAAAAGCGUCUGCUAAAUGGCAUAUUAUAUUAUAUUAUUGUAGGGCAUUCCAAGACAUUUAAAUGUUUCCCCUUAAACCACUCAAGUGUUGCUUUAGCAGUAUGCUUAGGAUCAUUGUCCUGCUGGAAGAUGAACCUCUGUCCCAGUCUCAAAUCUCUGGAAGACUGAAACAGGUUUCCCUCAAGAAUUUCCCUGUAUUUAGCGCCAUCCAUCAUUCCUUCAAUUCUGACCAGUUUCCCAGUCCCUGCCAUUGAAAAACAUCCCCACAGCAUGAUACUACCACCACCAUGCUUCACUGUGGGGAUGGUGUUCUUGGGGUGAUGAGAGGUGUUGGGUUUGCGCCAGACAUAGCGUUUUCCUUGAUGACCAAAAAGCUCAAUUUUAGUCUCAUCUGAUCAGAGUACCUUCUUCCAUAUGUUUGGGGAGUCUCCCACAUGUCUUUUGUCGAACACCAAACGUGUUUGCUUAUUUUUUUCUUUAAGCAUUGGCUUUUUUCUGGACACUCUUCCAUAAAGCCUAUCUCUGUGGAGUAUACGGCUUAAAGUGGUCUAUGGACAGAUACUCCAAUCUCCACUGUGGAGCUUUGCAGCUUCUUCAGGGUUAUCUUUGGUCUCUUUGUUGCCUCUCUGAUUAAUGCCCUCCUUGCCUGGUCCAUGAGUUUUGUUGGGCGGUCCUCUCUUGGCAGGUUUGCUAUGGUGCCAUAUUCUUUAAAUUUUUUAAUAAUGGAUUUAAUGGUGCUCCGUGGGAUGUUAAAAGUUUUGGAUAUUUUUUUUAUAACCCAACCCUGAUCUGUACUUCUCCACAACUUUGUCCCUGACCUGUUUGGAGAGCUCCUUGGUCUUCAUGGUGCCGCUUGCUUAGUGGUGCCCCUUGCUUAGUGGUGUUGCAGACUCUGGGGCCUUUCAGAACAGGUGUAUAUAUACUGAGAUCAUGUGACACUUACAUUGCACAACGGUGGACUUUAUUUAACUAAUUAUGUGACUUCUGAAGGUAAUUGGUUGCGCCAGAUCUUAUUUAGGGGCUUCAUAGCAAAGGGGGUGAAUACAUAUGCACGAACCACUUUUCCGUUAUUUAUUUUUUAGCAUUUUUUGAAAUAAGUGAUUUGUUUAAUUUCACUUCACCAAUUUUGACUAUUUUGACUAUUUUGUCCAUUACAUGAAAUCCACAUAAAAAUCCAUUUUAAAUUACAGGUUGUAAUGCAACAAAAUAGGAAAAAACACCAAGGGGGAUGAAUACUUUUGCAAGGCACUGUAUAUAAAACACACUGUAUACAUUGCAGUGUCCUCCCUUUCUUUUGGCUGGAAUCCACCAUGGAAAGAGCUUUGAUUCUGACUGCUUGUUCUCUCUAUUUGCUUUUCAAAGUGGACCAAACUGAUGCCUGUGGCCAUGCCCCUGCCAUGGUUGGGCAAACCCCGGCCAUGCAAGGCUACUUGGAGCUGACCUGGGUAGUGGUGCCAGCAGUGGCCUGUCUCACUGCUGCUGUCAUAGUGGCAGCUCUAGUCGUCAAAGUCCUACUAACUGGUAUGUAUCCAACUCUCCCUAACUGAGUGAGUGAUAACUACCCUUUUCACAGUCAUCUAAUGCAGAGCCGAGAUGUACCGCACUGGCCUAGUUAGGCAGCAUCAAUCAUAGUCGCUGGAACUGUGCUGAAAAUAAUACAUUUGAGCUAGCACAGUACACUAAUGUCCCAGGUUUAAAUGGGGUGCUGACUGAUUUUGUACACUGUCUGUCUGUAUGUCUGUCUGUAUGUCUGUCUGCCUGCCUGCCUGCCUGCCUGCCUGCCUGCCUGUCUGUCUGUCUGUCUGUCUGUCUGUCUGUCUGUCUGUCUGUCUGUCUGUCUGUCUGUCUGUCUGUCUGUCUGUCUGUCUGUCUGUCUACAGUUCACCAGAAGAGGCACAGAAAGGGACGGGAUGGGGUCUGUACAUUGAAACGACAAACAGGUGAGACCAUUCUACCGUGCAUCCACUAACCAUAGCCCUAACUCUAGCUUUAUGUCCACAUCCCGGUUCAACCCACAUGAAAAAAUACUAUAGUAUACUAUGGUAUAAAUACUAUAGUAUUCACUGUAGUGUUUUUUCAGACUUUACUGUAGUAUUUACAGUUAACUAUUGUAUAAAUACUAUAGUAAAAAAAUGGUAUUAUAUACUAUAGUAAUGUAGUGUUUUUUCGGACUGUACUAUACUAUAGUAUUUACUGUAGUGUUUUGUGGACUGCAGUAUACUGUAGUAUUUACUGUAGUGGGGAGAGCGCUUCAAUCUGGCCCAAUUCAAUUUUUUUGCAAGGCAUCUAAUAAUUUGGCCAGGUUAAAAAAAAUCUGAAUGCACAUUUCACAAUCUGACAUAAUGGUAACCUACCUUUUGAGCUUUACAUUGGACAUUUGCCAUUUUUUCAUGGUUCUAGGUCAAUUUAGAAGCAUUUUGAAUGAAAAGCCAUUUGAGCCAGCUCACUGAAAAUAAUUAGGAAUGCCCAUCACUACUAAAAGAGCAUGUUUUCCACAACCUGUAGGUCGGUAGGACCGGGGUCUGAACAGAUAGUUCAGAGCUUCUACUAUAUUCUAUAACCUAUAGGGAACACACUAUAUGGUCUAUACAUGGCAUGUAGGUUUCUCACUCAUGGGUGGCACAAAUUGCGAUAUGGGCAGGGUAUAUGGAAAUUAAAUAGUAUUUACUAUAUUAUUCUUCAGUAUACUACAACAUUCUACUAUAUAUUAUAAGUACUACACAUGAUUGAGGGAUACUACAGUGUGUAGUAUAGUAUUCUACAGUAUACUACAGUUUACUAUAGAAUUUAAUAGUAUUUACUGUAGUAUUCUAUAGUAAACUAGUAAUUUUUCAUGUAGGAACCCUUACCUUAGCCUCAACCAAAACCAUUACCCUAGCCCUAGCUUCAUGUCCACAUACUGGUUCAACCCUAACCCUAGCUAUUACCCUAAUCCUAACCCAAAAUAGACUCAUAAAGAUUUAUAUACUGAGUAUACAUGACAUAUACUGACCAGGUGAAUCCAGGUGAAAACUAUGAUCCCUUAAUGAUGUCACUUGUUAAAUCCACUUCAAUCAGUUUAGAUUAAAUGGAGGAGACUAAUGAAGGAUGUUUAAGUCUUGAGACAAUUGAGACAUGGAUUGUGUAUGUGUGCCAUUCAGAGAAUGGGCAAGACAAAAAAUGUAAGUGCCUUUGAACAGGAUAUGGAAGUAGGUGCCCAGGUGCACCGGUUGUUCCGGGAUUCAUCCAAUGGCAUUGAGGAGUAUACCACCUCAGUCACCUGCUUCAUCAAUAAGGGACUCGACGACGUCGUCCCCACAGUGACCGUAUGUACAUAUCCGAACCAGAAGCCAUGGAUUACAGGCAACACCGAGCUAAAGGCUAGAGCUGCCGCUUUCAAGGAGCGGGACACUAAUCCGGACACUUAUAAGAAAUCCCGGUAUGCCCUCAGACGAACCAUCAAACAGGCAAAGCGUCAAUACAGGACUAAGAUUGAAUCCUACUACACCGGCUCUGACGCUCGUCGGAUGUGUCAGGGUUUGCAAACUAUUACGGACUACAAAGGGAAACCCAGCCGCGAUCUGCCCAGAGACGAGAGCCUACCAGACAGGCUAAAUGCCUUUUAUGCUCGCUUCGAGGCAAGCAACACUGAAGCAUGCAUGAGAGCACCAGCUGUUCCAGACGACUGUGUGAUCACGCUCUCCGUAGCCGAUGUGAGCAAGACCUUUAAACAGGUCAACAUUCACAAGGCCAGACGGAUUACCAGGACAUGUACUCAGAGCAUGCGUGGACCAACUGGCAAGUGUCUUCACUGACAUUUUCAACCGACAUUUUCAACCUCUCCCUGACCGAGUCUGUAAUACCUACAUGUUUCAAGUAGACCACCAUAGUCCCUGUGCCCAAGAAAGCAAAGGUAACCUGCCUAAAUGACUACCGCACCGUAGCACUCACGUCGGUAGCCAUGAAGUGCUUUGAAAGGCUGGUCAUGGCUCACAUCAACACCAUCAUCCCGGAAACCCUAGACCCACUCCAAUUCACAUACCGCCCUAACAGAUCCACAGAUGACGCAAUCUCAAUCGCACUCCACACUGCCCUUUCCCACCUGGACAAAAGGAACACCUAUGUGAGAAUGCUGUACAUUGACUACAGCGCAGCGGUCAACACCAUAGUGCCCACAAAGCUCAUCACUAUGCUAAGGACAUUGGGACUAAACACCUCCCUCUGCAACUGGAUCCUGGACUUCCUGAUGGGCUGCCCCCCGGGUGGUAAGGUUAGGCAACAACACAUCUGCCAUGCUGAUCCUCAACACUGGGGCAUCUCAGGGGUGCGUGCUUAGUCCCCUCCUGCACUCCCUGUUCACCCACAACUGCGGGGCCAAGCACUACUCCAACACCAUCAUUAAGUUUGGUGAUGACACAACAGUUGGAGGCCUGGUCACUGACAACAAUGAGACAGUCUAUCGGGAGGAGGUCAGAGACCUGGCAGUGUGGUGCCAGGACAACAACCUCUCCCUCAACGUGAGCAAGACAAAGGAACUGAUUGUGGACUACAGGAAAAGGAGGGCCGAACAUGCCCCCAUUCACAUCGACGGGGCUGUAGUGGAGCGGGUUGAGAGUUUCAAGUUCCUUGGUGUCCACAUCACCAACAAACUAUCAUGGUCCAAACACACCAAGACAGUCGUGAAGAGGGCACGACAACGCCUUUUCCCCCUAAGGAGACUGAAAAGAUUUGGCAUGGGUCCCCAGAUCCUCAAAAAGUUAUACAGCUAAACCUUUGAGAGCAUCCUGACCGGUUGCAUCACCGCCUGGUAUGGCAACUGCUCGGCAUCCGACCGUAAGGCGUACAGAGGGUAGUGCAUAUGGCCAAGUACAUCACUGGGGCCAAGCUUCCUGCCAUCCAGGACCUGUAUACUAGGCGGUUUCAGAGGAAGGCCCAAAAAAUUGUCAAAGACUCCAGACACCCAAGUCAUAGACCAGGGGUGUCAAACGUCCGGCCCGCGGGCCGGAUCAGGCCCGCAAACGGGUUUAAUCCGGCCCGCGAGAUGAUUUUGAAAAAAUAAAAUAAAAUAAAAUAAAAUAAAAUUAAUAAUAAUUUUGUAAAGUAUAAAAAUGCGCUGCAAUUUUUCAAUAAAAUAAACUGCUGUUCCAAUUGCGUCCACUGGAUGGCGCAAUAGCAAUUGUGUUAAGCAAGCAAACUGUUUAUACCGGGGCAGAGCAAGUAGGUCAAGCACGUGCAGCCAAUGAGCUACUUUGUUUUGCCCGCGAUAUUUAUUACGGCUUCUACUUUUAACAUUAUGUGCUUUAGCACCCUCAUUGCCCCAAUAUGUCUCUGUCAAAAAAGAGAAAAGUGGACGCAGAGUGCAGAGUGUUCCAAGAAAAAUGGUCAUCCUAUUUAUUCACGGAAUUGAAUGGGAAAGCUGUAUGUUUGGUGUGUUCAGAGCAUGUUGCAGUGCUGAAAGAAUAUAACCUUCGUCGCCACUAUGUGAGUCUUCAUGCCGACAAAUAUGACAACUUUCAAGGACAGCGGAGAUGAGAGAAGGUGAAUGAACUGUUGGCGGGUCUGAAGAAACAGCAGUCUGUGUUUACUCACAGCCGAGACAUCAGUGACGCUGCAGUGAAAGCUAGCUACCUCAUUGCUAAUGAAAUCGCAGUGGCUUCAAAACCAUUUAGUGAGGGUGAAUUUGUAAAAACAUGCAUGAUGAAGGCAGCGGAGAUUGUGUGCCCUGAAAAGCGGCAGGAUUUUGCAAAUAUCAGCCUGACAAGAAACACAGUUGCAGACAGGAUUUCCGAUCUUUCAGUGGAUUUGGACAGCCAGUUGAAGCAAAAAGUAAAGUCAUUUAUUGCGUUUUCGGUUGCAAUUGAUGAAAGCACGGACAUUACAGAUGUUGCACAACUGGCCAUUUUCAUCCGCGGAGUUGAUGACACAUUGACCGUCACCGAGGAGUUCGUGGAGUUGGUGCCGAUGACAGAUACAACGACAGCAGCUGAUAUUUUUACCGCACUCGUCGGCGCGCUGGACAGGGUCGGAGUGGACUGGUCCCGCGCUGUCAGCCUGGCUACAGAUGGUGCGCCCUCAAUGAUCGGGAAAAAAGCAGGCGUUGUGACAAAGUUCAGAGAGAAAGUGCAAUCUGCAAAUGGAGGACGUGAUUUUUUGACUUUUCACUGUAUUUUGCACCAGGAGGCUUUGUGUUGCAAGUCAUUAAAGAUGGAUAACGUCAUGAAGGUGGUCAUCCAAACUGUUAAUUUCAUCCGAUCCAGAAGCCUGAAUCACCGUCAGUUUGACAGCCUUCUCAGAGAGAAAGACCACAUCUAUGGCCUGCCAUACCACACUGAGGUAAGAUGGUUAAGCCGAGGUGCUGUGCUGAGGCGUUUCUUUGAUUUACGAGAAGAAAUUGAACAGUUCAUGGAAGAAAAGGGCAAACCAGUGAUAGAAUUUCAUUCCGCAGAAUGGAUGCAGGACCUUGCAUUUAUGGUGGAUGUUACAGAGCACCUGAAUAACUUGAACAAACAGCUGCAAGGGCGCAACAAAGUUGUCACGCAGUAUUAUGACAGCAUACGUUCUUUCAAGUUGAAGCUGUCAUUGUGGGAGACGCAACUUGCCGGUGGUGAUGCAGCUCACUUCCCCUGUCUGAAAAAUGUGUGCGCGACCCAACAUGUGGCAGACAUGAAGCGGUUCAAAGAUAAAAUAACGGGACUGUUACGGGAGUUUGAGCAACGCUUUCAGAUUUAUGUUUAUAUGUUUUUAUAUUGAUGUGCUAUUGUUUUUAAUUGAUUUUAUUUUAUUUGUAUAUUUAACCUAUUCUUGACUCUGUGGUUCUUGCACUUGUUUGGGGAACAGGAUUUCAUUAUUUUUAUCUACAUUUCUGCCUGAGAAAUGACACCCUGAUAUAGUUCUGUGAUCUGUGAUAUACUUCUGUGAAUCACUGAGGCAUUGUGUGUUUGUGUGUUCUUUUUCUUUAGAAUUUUCAAAUAAACUUGACGUGUUUUAUGAUUAAUAGUGAUGUUGUGCUUGUACUAUUUUGGACACACUGUCCUCAGGCUCCAGCUUUAUGUUGUAUGUUGAUCGUAUUAAAACAAAGAAAACAAUCUGAAGUUGUUGUUUUUAAGUUAUAUAUACCAUGAUUUUUCUAGUCCGGCCCACUUGGGAAUAGAUUUUCCUCCAUGUGGCCCCUGAGCUAAAAUGAGUUUGACACCCCUGUCAUAGACUGUUCUCUCUGCUACUGCAUGGCAAGCGGUACCGGAGUGCCAAGUAAAGGCCUAAAAGGCUCCUUAACAGCUUCUACUCCCAAGCCAUAAGACUGCUGAACAAUUAAUCAAAUGGCCACCCAGACUAUUUACAUUGAGCCCCCCCCCCCCCCCUCCUUUGUUUUUACACUGCUGCUACUCGCUGUUUAUUAUCUAUGCAUAGUCACUUAACCCCUACCUACAAGCACAAAUUACCUCGACUAACCUGUUCCCCCACACAUUGACUCGAUACCUGUACCCCCUCGUUAUUGUUAUUUUAUAGUGUUACUUUUUAUAUUAUUUUUUAAUUUACUUUAAUUUAGUAAAUAUUUUCACAACUCAAUUUCUUGAACUGCAUUGUUGGUUAAGGGCUUGUAUGUAAGCAUUUCACGGUAAGGUUGUAUUCAGCGCAUGUGGCAAAUCAAAUUUGAUUUGAUUUGAACUGCAACGCUGCUGGGUUUUUCACGCUCAACAGUUUCCAGUGUGUAUCAACAAUGGUCCACCACCCAAAGGACAUCCAGCCAACUUGACACAACUGUGGGGAGCAUUGGAGUCAACAUGGGCCAGCAUUCCUGUGGAACACUUUCGACACGUUGUAGAGUCCAUGCCCCGACGAAUUGAGGCUAUUCUGAGGGCAAAAGUGUGGGGUUCAACUCAAUAUUAGGAAGGUGUUUCUAAUGUUUGGUAUACUCAGUGUAUAUCUCUAUGGGUAAUAAUAUUGCAUGCUUUUCAGAACCUCAUGCUGUUGCUGUUGACCGUGCCACCCCAGGACUCCAAGAACAGUCUACCUUCCAUAAAGAGAUACCCAUGCCUGACACCCUCCAGUUUGAAAACUGUGAAAGGGAUAACUUACUGCAGUUUUAA